AUAAUGCAAACUCAAGUUAGUUCCAUACAUGCUUGCUUGUGUGUUAAAUAAUACCAAAAGUUUUUAUGUAUCUUCAUUGAAUUGUGUAUCAUUCAGAGAGGCUUUUUGGCCAAGAAAUAUAUAAAUGGCGUUUGGAAGAAGAAAUUAUAUCACAAACCAAUCGAGCUUUUAGUACUCUACAACUAAAAAUCCCAAACUCUGCAAUAUGUACAAAUUCGCUGUUGUUAUCUUCGCUGUCAUUGCCAGUGCUGCUGCUAAGCCCGGUUUGAUUGGUGCUCCUUUGGCCUAUACUGCUCCUGCUGCUGUGGUUGCCGCAGCUCCUGCUCCUUUUGUCACUGCCACCAGUAGUCAAGUUGUGGCACGCAAUUACAAUGGCAUUGCUACUGCUCCCAUCAUCGCUCCAGUAGCUGCACCUGUUGUUGCCAAGACAAUUGCCCCCGUAGCCACUGCUUUCGCCGCCCCAGUUGUAGCCAAAACUUUUGCUGCUCCCGUUGCUGCUGCUUAUGCCGCUCCUGCAGUUGCUACCACAUCUUUCGCCUAUGGAGCUCCCUUGGCUUACUCUUCGCCCUUAACAUAUGCUGCUGCUGCUCCAGCACCUUAUGUAUGGUAAAUUUUAAGUCGCCUAAUGAAAAGUUCCAUUUAAGGAAUCUGUAAGACUGAUGAUUGUAUAAUGAAAUAAAUGUUCUCCAGACAA